UGUCAGCUCGCCCAGAGUCAGGAGCGACAGGCCAUGACUGGCAGCACCACAGUCACAUAGCAAGUUAGCAUUGGGAUCAUUAACACUUCUGCUGGAUCAAUACAUUUGUUGUUGUUUUCUAGUUGCUGGGAAAAGACCAAGCAGAGACUAAAACACCAUCUAUCACUGCCUCCUGGAACGCCUGAAACAUGGCUCACCUCCAGAGUGUGCAGAAGAAGACCAGCACCAUGUCCCUGACCAUCUCCUCUUCCUCCUCUUCCUCCGCCUCUCGGGAGCUCUCCUCCAGCUCCUCCUCCUCCGUGCUCGCUCAGAAACGCUCCGGCCUGGUGCAGCCGCUGCUUGUCAGCCCUCCAACCAGUCAGAGUCCCAUCUUGAAUCAACAGUACUCAGGGACCGGAGUGGCCCCUACUUUUGUUAAGGGCCUCCAUGAUGUGUCCACAGUGAACGGGCAGCUGGUGGUCCUGGAGUGCAGACUGAGGGGAACCCCCCCCCUGCAGGUCAUGUGGUACAGAGAGGACGAGCAAGUACUGGACUCUGAUGAUUUCAGGAUACUACGCAAGAAGGCCAGCUCUGCAUCAGUGCCAGAGGAGCUGUGCACACUGGUGAUCACAGAGGCCUUUCCAGAAGACUCGGGCAUUUUCAAAUGUGUCGUCAUCAACCCCUUCGGCACGGUCUCCUGCUCUGCCAUCUUAGAAGUUUACAAUGACCUGGAGGAGCAGCUGGAGGUGGAGGCAGCCAGUCAGCAGGUAGCAGCUUCUCUCCGACAGGAGCAGGAAGCCAUGUUCCAUCAGGAGACUUUCAGCGACGACUUUCCAUCAGAGCUGCCUGACUCCAUGACCCUCCCCCCGCCUGAGUGGCCUGAGAGCCCGCUAGAAGAUAACAGCCCAGUUGCAGAUUUUCCAGAGCCUCAGCCGGCGUACUACUGCUCUGAGGAACCGUUUGGUCGCAGUGAGGAGGAGAGAGCCCUGAGCUCAGAGGGCCAAAGGUCACCAGGGGUCACCGUCCGCACCUGUACGCCCAGCCCUCCCCCCCCACCCUCACCACCAGCCCACGUCAACGAGAAAGCUACACCAAAGCUGUUCAGCCCGAGCAGGCUCACUUUUACUUCUUCCCAGCCUGGAGGAAACAGCACGAACAUGUCAGACCUGCCGUCCUUCACUCCCAGCGUCUUCCCUCCCAGCGCCUUCAACUACGAGCGGCCGAGGCAUUUCAUCCAAUCACAGGCGGCCUUUCAAGCCCCCAGCUACGAGAGCGUUCUGAAAGAGGCCCAUGAGAACCAAAACAACUCUCAACAGAACCUCAUCAGCUCCCAACAUGUUACAGAGACACAGAGCCAAGCCAAAGUGAUGUCUGCCCAAAGUCAGUCUUUCUCUCAAACUCAGUCGGUGUCCAAGUCCAUGUCGCAGACGCAGGCACAGUUUCAGUCACUGAGCCUCAGUCAGAACCAAGCCCAGUCUGUGGCGCAGACCCAGGCCCAAACCCAGGUUCAUACCCAUGCCCAGGCUCAGUUACAAUCCAAAACCGAGGCCCAUACCCAGGCUGUGAUGCAAACCCACACCCAGGCCCAGGCCCAGGUUCAUACCCAGGCCCAGGUUCAUAGCCAUGCCCAGGCUCAGUUACAAACCCAAACCGAGGCCCAUUCCCAUUCCCAGGCCCUGAUGCAAACACAAACCCACACCCAGGCCCAGGCCCAGGUUCACACUCAGGUUCAUUCUCAGUCCCAGGCUCAGGCCCAGGUCCAGAUCCAGUCCCAGGCCAAUGGCACCAGCAAGUCCUCUCCAUCCUCUUCAAGUCUCAGCUCUCCUAUCUCCACCCCCACCUCCUCUGCUGCUCCUCCUCAUUCCUUCACAGCCCCCAUGCUCAGUCCGUCUGCUGCCCCCGCCUCCUCCUCUGCUCCUUUCCCACCCCCGCCAUCCUCCCCUUUCCCCGCCUCCUCCGCCCCUUUCCCCCCCCCACCAUCCUCCCCUUUCCCUCCCUCUCUCCCCCGCACCACCAUGCGUUCCACCAUCACGCUCACCCCCAGCAUCCCCAGUGCCACGGGCCUGGGCAGCGCCACCCUGCCCGCCAACCAGGACUCCAUGUCAGCCCCGGCGGCGUUCCUCUGCUCCGUGCUGCCCUCCCCCUCUGCCUUCUCCCCUUUCUCCUCCUCCAAGCUGUCCCCCAACUCCAGCCUCUCCCACCCCUCCAUCUCCCCCUCCCGCUCGCCACUCUCUCCCUUUCCAUCUCCCCUCCCUCACCAGCAUCUCCCAGUGUCACCUUCCGUCCCUCGCUCCCCUCUCUCUCCCUCCUCCCCCUCAUCUUUCCCACAACCCAACACUCCCAACGGUCAGAGCAGAGUCCCCCCUGCUGUGGUCUCCCUGCCCGCCAGCUACAAGGCAGCACCAAGCAUCCUUCCAAAGCCCAUCCUGAAGAAGGCUGUGGCUCCGCGGCCCUCUUCCUCUCGCUCCACUGAUGAUGACAUCCAGGGCUCCAAAGACGCCCUCAUCCAGGAUCUGGAGAAGAAGCUACGCUCCAAGGAGGCCAGGAGGAGAGGCAGCCAGAAACUGUCCUAUGAGGAGCGUAUGGCUCGGAGGCUGCUGGGUCCAGACAACGCCAACUACAUGUUUGACCAAGACGGUCUCUCAGACUCACAACUCGACCAGCCAGAAGCACCAGAAGGAAGACACACAGGAGGAUUAUGGGGGAGGCGCCACACAGGGACGGAUGAGAGGGGGAAUGAGGGCUCAGCUAUCCAGGAGAAGUCGUACGCCCCUCGCUUCCUGCAGAUCCCUCUAGACCUCACUGUGGAGGAGGGGCGCUUCUGUAGGAUCGACUUCAAGGUGGGAGGCCUCCCUACUCCAGACGUGUGCUGGUACCUGGACGGUAAAGCCAUUCGCCCGGACGACUACCACAAGAUGUUGGUGUGUGAGAAAGGGAUGCACUCCUUCAUCAUAGAGAUCGUCACCGUGCACCACGCCGGGGUGUACGAGUGUGAGGCCAGGAACCGAGCGGGGGAGAGCAGAUUCACCAUGAGGCUCGACGUAUUAGCCCAGGAGGCUCUCCGCCCCCCCACCUUUGUCCAGAAGAUGUUGAACUCCAGAGUUCUGGAGGGAGACACCGUGAGGUUAGAGUGCAAAGUGGAUGCUUCCCCCCCUCCACAGCUCCACUGGAAGAAAGAUAAAGACAUGCUGCGGAUCGACCCAAACAGAAUGAGUCUGUAUGAGGACGGGUCGGGCCGGCAGUGCUUGUUGAUAGAGAGGCUGAUGAAGUCUGACGCCGGCUGGUACACCCUCUCUGCCAUCAACGAAGCCGGCAUGUCCACAUGCAACGCCAGGCUGGACGUCGGCACUCGCACAGCCCCGAAGACAGCGCCCCCUGGCUCCAAGACGCUGAAGCUGCUGUCCUCGCUAAAACACGUGCCCUCUCUGACCGUGGAGACCCCCACCAAGCACACCGCCCCUCUGUACGAGAGUGAAGAGCUGUAGAGCCUCACACAACCCUGUCACAUCCUCACAUACACACAGUGUCAAAACUGGGCCUGGCAAAGGUUUUACUAAGUAAGCUUUGGUUCAGAUUUACAGCAGUGCAGCAGACCAGGACACAAAAACACUGCCAUUUUGACUGAUAAACUCUACAGGUUCACUCUACAUUUCUUGGAAAAAUGAGGUAUCAUGUUUGCCAAUUUUUUAAGAUUAAGGCAAAAUUACAGUGAAAAUCUAUGUACUAAAUAGUGAAAUAUUAUGGUAUAAAAUGUGCCUUCAAAACCACAACUCUAACCAAAAGGAGCAGUUGGUAGCUACUUUGAUUGAAAUGUUUCCAUAGUGUUUUGCCUUCUGCGUUAAAAUAAGCCCACCUCAUGCUGCCCACCUGCCUGUCCUUUCUCUGCAGACCUGAUGUUUGAUACAUGCCUCUAAGCCUCUCCUGCUGUCUGUCAUGCUCUCAGCCCAUGGUGCCUUCAGGUCAUGGCUGUAUUAAUAGACCUGGAUAACGUGCUGCAGACUGCACUUUAAUCCUGACAACUGUCAGCUUGUGCCUCGAUUUUGUAUUCGAGCCUUCCAAAGUCCCUGAAUCACGGCUUCUGAGGAUGUGCGUCCGUAAAGCUCCAUUAAUGAGAGGAGAUCCGAGAGCUCUGCUGAGGUAUAAAUGCGGUCUAAUGUGUUUUAAAAGUUGUUUAACAAUAUACAGUGUGAAUUAAGCUAUUUAUUUGAAGGUUAUUAAUUAUCAGUGUUGCCCCCUCUCUUGGCCUGAGGUGUGUCAUGGCUGCCAUGCUGAUACCCAGCCUGAACAUAAAACCUGAUCUGCACUCAAAAAGACACUCGCAACUAACUUAAUCAAGUUUACAUUUGAUCCCAUCGGCAGUGCGGAUUACACGUUUUUACAUUUCACUCAAAAGGAGAAUAUCAGUAUUUUUUCUCCUUCGAUGCAAUAAUCCUGUUCAGUAGGAAUCAGUAUGUCAGCCAAACUCAAAAUGUCAGACCGGUGCCUUACAUAUAAAGAAGCUUGAUCUGUCUGCAUACAGUUUUUGUUACUGCCAGCCAUUAAGUAAUUUCACAAAGGAAAUGUAUACUUGGCUGGAUAUGCAUGCAAAGAAGAAUAUCUGAUAUUUAACCCUGCGUGGCAACAAACUGCCUGAAAUAAAGUAUUUUUACAACGUAUCAAACAGGGUUGAACAUUGGAUUGUAAUAGUUCUGUGAGAUUUUAAACUGCAGGUAGUAGUGUGUAUUGUUUGUUGUGUAAGUUCUACAUAUCACUGGAUGAAUGAGGAAUAAAGUGUAUGUGACCUUA